ACUCGGGUGAAAGCUCUCGGAUUAUAGCGUCUUCUUUCGAAGAUGACAGCACUUAUGUUGUGAAAGCGACAACAAAAGUGCUUCUAUCAAUUAUCGCCAACUCUCAAUCCUUUCUUACAUCUUGUCCCCCAUCUAAUGCUCAAGACAAACUACUGGACCAUCUUGUGACAUCUCUGGAUCUAUUCCGCCAUAUAGACUUAAUGUUGUUUGACAGCACGAUACACAAUGACCGUCGUUUAGCAGCAUUGGAAUUAGUUUGGAGUUUGGCAAGCUCGAGAAGACUAAACAGCGUAGAGUUUUUGAGGCGCUGUGGCCAUUUGUUGCACAUUAACAAGUUAUUAAGAGAUCCUAAUAGGAUAAUUCGGGCGCGAGUAGUGGAGAUCCUAUCUGUCAUACUCGAAUGGGUGCCCGAUCCUCUUCUGCUUCUGAAAGACGAGAGCAGUACGAGCAGUGAAUCUAAUGAUUGCGUCGUUGGUAGAAGCGAUAUUGCUUUACCGUUGAUAACACAAGCUGAUAAUCUGGACUCGGUGACCACUUCUGUAGAAGUGCUUGUUUCGCUGAAUAAACUCAUCUUGAAAGAUUCAGCAAACAACCGAAAUUACGUUUUGAAACUGUUAAACAUUUUGAACUUUAUACUUGAUCUUGUCUUGGCAGAGCAGAAAAAUGUAUCUAGUCGUAAGGAUGAGUUUGUAGAUGUAAUCAGUUCGGAAACAACCAGGGAAAAGCUCAUCGGUUUAUUAAAUAAUGGGAAGCGUUCUGCAGCUUAUAGAAAGACUUUGGUUAUCAGCCUGCUUAAUGCUAUUCGGGUGGUUGCCCUUGAUUUCAGUGAUAAAGUUUUGACGGACAAUUGCUUUUCCAAUACACUUAUUAUUAUCUCAAGGCCUUCAUACAACACUGAUCAUCGGGUACUCAAAGCUGGACUCAGCGUGAUAUCAAUUGUUCUCUCGGCAAAUAACGAUGGAAUUGAUUAUAAGACUAUUACAGACAAGGUGAUUCGCAUACUUCUUGAAAUACUGACCAAUACGUCAUCGGAGCCACGUGGAAUAGCAUCUGUGCUUGAGACGAUAGCAACUAUAACGGGAAACCCUAACGUGCGCGAAUAUUUGACCAAUUCUUCAUAUGCAACUGAACUUGUUGCAUGUGUGCGAGAUAGGUGUAAAGACAUUCGUUGGGAUGUGCGUGACUCAUGUCUUGAGUUUCUAAAACAAUUGAUAAUGGUUGAAGGUUGCUCGUUGUCGCUAAUGUCCGAGUUAAUUGAGGAAGUGUUGAUCAUGCUAAGCGACCCAGAAUCAUACGUAAGAGCCUCCUCUUUGAGCGUUAUUCAAGCAUUGAUUCGUUCUACUCUGGGAUGGAACUACUUGACAUCUAAUAACCUGCAAUACAAAAUUGCAUCUAUGCUUCCGAAAAUCUUGGACGACACAGAAACAUUUGUACGGAGGGCAGUGAUGGAAUUAUUGAUCUCGCUUAUAGUUGAGAGGCAAUGCAAAAUGAUUAUUCUGUCGGAUCACAACAAAGAGAUAAUGAACCCUGAAAAAAUGUCAAAGCUGGUGAAUGAUCCUGAUUUUGAAGUCAGAAUCCGUGUAAUUCAGUUUCUCCACGUUAUUUGGGAUCACUGUGAAUUUGACAGAAUGAGGAUUAAUAAGAAGUUUAGGGGAGAUCAAGAAAAAAAUGAAAGUAUGUUGAUUGAUGAAGGGGAAGAAGAAUCAUGGUUUUAUUGGUUAAAAGGGGAUUCGUUGCUUGUGUCUGCGGCUGAUGACUCGAGUCGCUUGGUACGGAAAGAAAUACUGAAAGUUCUUAAUAUACUGAAAAGUUAUCUUGAGCCAAUUGUGGCAACAUACAAUUCUCAAACCAAUGGGUUUAUUCCGUCAAAGCGUCCUACCGACAGCGAGAAUUUAAUCCACAAGCAUUACACUUUCUAUCAUAUGAUAAAUAAUAUUGAUUUUAGUAGAUUAGCGGCAACUAUAGAUGUGGAACACUUAUAUCAAGAGGCAUUAGAAUGUGUUGAUUCGAGUGUUAUG